AUGAGUAAACAUCCAAUUCAAAAUUAUUAAAUUUUAAAGGUCAUUGGCAAGGUAUUUAAAGUUAUUAAACAUUUUGUAAGGGAGCAUUCGCUAUAGUUUAUUAAGGUUAACAUCAAAAAACUAAAGAGAUAGUUGCCAUUAAAUAAAUAAGUACUGAUAUGUAAGAAGGUCCACAUAAAAAGAAAAUGUUAGAGUUAUUUAGUUAAGAAAUUGAAAUCAUGAAAUCUAUUAAACAUUAAAACAUAAUUGAAUUAAAAGAAGUGCAAUAUACUUCUGAUUCAAUUAAUAUGAUACUAGAGUAUUGUGCUCUUGGUGAUUUAGAAAAGUACAUCAAAAAGAAUUCUGCAAAAAAUAGAUUAGCUGAAGAUGAAGCUAAACCAAUUAUCCUUUAAUUAUUGGAUGCUAUGAAAAUUUUACGUUUAAAAAAUGUCGUUCAUCGAGAUCUCAAACUUGCAAAUAUUCUCAUAAAUGAAUAAAUGUAAAUAAAAUUAGGUGACUUUGGAUUUGCUAAAUCUGUUAAAAAUGAUUUAAUGGAAUCAUAUUGUGGAACACCUAUUACUAUGGCUCCAGAAAUACUUAAGUAAUCAUUUUAUAAUAAUUUUAAAGGAAAAAUGAUAAUUAUGAUCAUAAAUGUGAUAUUUGGUCUUUAGGUGUCAUGAUCUAUUAAAUUAUAUAUGGAUAACCACCAUUUAUUCCAAAAAAAGGAACUGUAUAAGAUUUGAUCAGCGAAAUUGAAAAAUAAAUUGUACACAUAAAUUAUAUAAAUUAGAUCCUUUUUCCUUAAUAAAUUAUUGUCUCUUCUGAAUGUAUAGACUUAAUACGUAAAAUGCUUGUUGAAGAUCCAAAAAAAAGAAUAUCUUUUGAAGAUCUUUUUAGACAUCCAUGGUGUAAUACUGAAGUAAUUGAUCUUAGAAAAUCUUUUCUAAAGACUUAUGCACCAUAACACUAAGAAUUUCUUAUUAAUUUAUCUUUUACAAUCUAAUAACAAAAUAAUUAGCUAAUCUCGAUAACACGAUUGAUUUAAUCAAUUGAGAAUAAGUAUUAAGAAUUCACUUAAAUUUGUAUUGACUUUCGAAAUGUUUUGACCAAAAUUUUUUCAUCAAUUCAGUUGAAUAUUAUUUACUCAAAUUAAAAGGUUUGUAUUAAAAUACCAGAUAAAUUUCAUUAUUUUAAUUAUCAAUAGGAAUUGUUAAUAUUUUUAGCCAACUUAUAUGAAACAGCUAUUAAAUAUAAUAAUAGUAAUAUCCUUGAUUUUCUUGAUUUGAAUAUAAAAAAUUACUAAAUAACCAAUUAUUUUUCUAUAUAAUAUGAAGAAUAUACUGUUACGUUAUUAGAGGAAAUUAAGAAUUUGAAAUUCUCAGAAGAAAUAAACAAAGGAAAAUCAUUAAUAUAAGUGGAAGAUUAUAAAGGAUAAAAUAAAUUUCUAAAUUCAGAUUUAAACACUUUAAUUGAACUUAUAAGAGACAGAUUUAAAAAUUAAUGA